UACAACUUCAGAUCCCCCUUCCCUCCCUGACAGGGCACGAACUACCCAUUAACGAGGGAAGAGUGAGGGGGGAGGGGGAAGAAAGCUUGGAAAACCCUAAACACUGAACUGGUGAAGAGAAAAGAGAAGGAAAAACGGAUCAUCCUAGAGAGAGAUGAAAGCAACGCAGAUCGGUGUAGCCUAGCAUACUAAAGCGUCAAGAGGUUUGCACACCUUUGGGGGUUUCUGCAUAUCUUCACAAGCAUAUUUACUGCGGUGUCUCAUAAGGAAAUUAACCUGUUACACUCGUUCUAGCUGGGACUGUCAUUCAGUAGAGUCUAUGCUCCUUUCCCUGAUCCUUGACUUAAGGAAGGACUGCAGAAGCCCACCUUCCGCUUAGGAGAAUCGGUGGCGCUUCUUUACAAGCAGGUGGUCUGUUUGCGCUUUCUUAUUCCCUUCUCUCCCCUCACCCCCACCUCCCGACUGGACAACUCCCUCCUUUGGAGAACACGCCCAAGUAGCUGAAGAAGAAAGAGAGAGAGAGAAAAAAAAGAAGAGAUAGAUAGUAACAUUGAACCUGAGGGGAGAUCCAGAGCUGCUGCGUGCAGAGAGCAAUCACUGCAGCCUAUACAUUCCCAGCACUAAAGUAUUACGUGUGACAGGCAUACAAAUCCGGAAUAAAAAGAAAAAGAGAGAGAGAGAGACAGACAGACACAGGGUGGGUGAGUGAGAGCUAGAGAGAGAGACCCAGCUGAGGGAUAUGGUGUUUGUCUCUUGGGAUUUACAAACACACACUGUCUGUUCAGAUCACAAGAGGGUUUGUCCGUUUUGUCUGCACUACCUUGACCCGGAGCUACACUGUCUGAGGCAACGAGAAAUUAACCAGCACGAAUAGCAUUAGAGGCAUCAUUUUGCAUGGUGAUCUGAAAAUCAGCAAACAAGGAAUAUGAACAGGAAAACAAGGCGUUGGAUUUUCCAUAUCUUUCUGAGCCUAGGGAUUGUAUAUAUCAAAAUUGGGGGUUUUUCCUCUGUGGUGGCACUGGGGGCCAGCAUCAUCUGUAACAAGAUCCCGGGUUUAGCUCCUAGACAGAGGGCAAUCUGUCAGAGCAGACCCGAUGCUAUCAUAGUGAUCGGAGAAGGGUCUCAAAUGGGAAUCAACGAAUGUCAAUUUCAAUUCCGAAAUGGACGCUGGAAUUGCUCUGCCUUGGGGGAAAGGACGGUCUUUGGAAAAGAGCUGAAAGUGGGUAGCAGAGAAGCAGCAUUCACAUAUGCCAUCAUUGCCGCUGGAGUAGCCCAUGCGAUCACUGCUGCCUGUACCCAGGGAAACCUAAGUGACUGUGGUUGUGAUAAAGAAAACAGGGACAGUACCAUAGAUGAAGGAUGGAAAUGGGGAGGCUGUUCUGCUGACAUCAGAUACGGAAUAGGAUUCGCCAAAGUGUUUGUGGAUGCAAGGGAGAUUAAACAGAACGCAAGGACUCUCAUGAACUUGCACAACAACGAGGCGGGGCGUAAGAUUCUUGAAGAAAACAUGAAAUUAGAGUGCAAGUGCCAUGGAGUUUCAGGAUCUUGUACUACUAAGACAUGCUGGACAACCCUUCCUAAAUUCCGGGAGCUGGGCUACAUCCUUAAGGACAAAUACAAUGAAGCAGUUCAGGUUGAACCGGUGAGGGCAAGUCGCAACAAGCGUCCAACCUUCCUUAAAAUAAAGAAGCCACUGUCCUACCGCAAACCCAUGGAUACAGAUUUAGUGUACAUAGAAAAAUCUCCAAAUUACUGUGAAGAAGACCCUGUCACUGGCAGUGUGGGAACACAGGGCAGAAUGUGCAACAAAACAGCCCAGCAAACCAAUGGCUGUGAUCUGAUGUGUUGUGGUCGAGGUUACAAUACACACCAGUACUCACGAGUGUGGCAGUGCAACUGUAAAUUUCAUUGGUGUUGCUACGUAAAGUGUAAUACGUGCAGUGAAAGAACAGAAGUGUACACCUGUAAAUGAAAGUGUGGCUGGGGAAGGUGACUCUAGAUCCCUAGGAAUGAAUACAUUUGCACAUGAGCUCAACACAACUACUCAAGACUGUAGCAAAGACCUGCUUUCUUCCAAAAGAAAAGCUAAUGAACGGAUCUGUCUUUUCCUCUCAUGUUUCAGUACUUAUGUGGAUACACAUUAAAGACUUGUAUAAAUUAUCCAAAAAACCCCAAAACAAAACAAAAAAACAAGCCACUUGACACACAAAACAGAGAAAAAAAAUAAUCUAAAUGAAUCUGCACCUCCAACGCUUAAUGCAAUGACUGCCUUACGAAAAGAACACCCAGUCAAGUGGAAACAAUUGGAGAGCUUGGCAACUGACUCUUUUGGUUUGGAAAAAAAUGGUUAAAUACACAAGCUACUGUG